AUGAAACUCUUCCUCCUCCUACUGACCGCGUUGUCGGUCCUCCAAACUGCGGCGGCUGUUGAUGGCCAGCCUUUCUGGGAAUUGCAAGAUGAAAACGGCAUUAAGAUUGGCAAGGGGAAAAAGUGCCCCUAUGACAGCACUCGUCUCUUCAAGUAUUCCACGAGCGAUUCGGAUGACAAAAUUGAAGAUUGUGUUGAAAAGUGCAAGAGCAUCCAAAACUGCAAGCAUGUUUCCUAUGGAUUUUAUAACAACCAAUGGAUGUGCAUGGGUUGCAAUGGUCACCAAUAUGGCUACGAUGACCACGAGCCAUUCACUGUUUAUGAAAUCGAGACUCCUGAUGAUUGGCAGUUCACCAAGGUGGCCGCCAAGCGCGACUGUGGCUCCCAGCAAUAUGGGAGCCCCAUUCCUGGUCUUACUCAAGCAGAGUGCCACACCAAGUGCAAGGAUACUCAAGGAUGCGGUUACUUUUCCGUGAGCGAUCUGGACUUUAGCCCCACUGGCGCUGGAACCUGCAAACUCUGUAAAUGGAGCGAUGGAUUCGCCAGCAAAUCGAGCAGUAACACCUACUCCAUUCUAUCUCCUGCUGACUACAAGCCCGUUUGCGAAGGGCCUACAGGUGUUGUCUGGGGAGAUCCCCACUUUAUCACGUUUGAUAAACUCAAAUACGAUUGCCAAGGUCGCGGAGAGUACGUCCUCGUCAAGUCCAAUGGUCCCGACCCACUUGCCAUUCACGGAGUCUUUGAAGAUACUGGUGGUAGUCGUACUGGACCUUCUGUCACACGAUCCGUUGCCAUUCUGGUUGAUGAGAACGUCCCUGUCCUUCACAUUACCAUCCCAGACAUGCCAGAUGCGAAUGGGCAGUGCAGCUUCUCGUACACUCUCGGAGAGAACGAGAUUGAGAUUGCAGCGGAUGAAAUUGUCGACUAUUUCAUGCAGAACUACCCCGGAGAAGCCAAUGUGUACACCAACGAAAAGGCAGUGGUCGUCACCUUCCCUGAUUACCAAACCCGUAUCGAGAUCUUGACACACUCAGGAAGUUUCUCGAAAUUUGGAUGCCGCAUGCGAGCCAACAUCUGUGUCACUCCUCAAAACCACGGUGGUGACAUUGUCGGUCUCUUUGGAUCCCCCAACGGGGACAAGACCGAUGAUUGGAUGACAAGUACCUCGACUCCGUCUCUUCUUCCCGUCCCUGUCGGCAGUCGAUCCAAGUUGCGUUCCGAAGGAACUAGUUACUGCCGUGAGAACUGGUGUGUUCCCCGUUCGAGCACCCUGUACGGAGAUGACACCUACACUGCCCAUAACAAGUGCGCUGAUGAUUCUUUUGAUCCACGUGCGUACGAAGAAAUGAUUGCUGCCUUGCCUGACAGCAUCAAGGAAUUGUGCAACAAGGUUGAGAAUCCAGAGGAAUGUAUCGCUGAUGUAGCCGUUCUCAAGAACAUGACUGAAGAAGCUGGCGAAGUUGUCGACCUUGAGGAUGCCGUCGAAGGAUUCAGCGAUGAAGAAGAAGAUUCCAACAAAGUCAGCAACACUCGUGAAGCCGAGCUGUAUGCCGAAGAUGAUUGGAAGGCUCCCAAUGUCACUACUUUGAACACUCUCAGCACUCAGGCUUCUAGCAUCAACAACGGUUUGGUGUCGGAAGUCAACAUCACUGUGAGCGAUGAAGAAGGCCCGAACCCUGCUUGUCCUGUCUGCAAAGCCAGAGGCUGGGGUGAUCCGCACAUUAUCACGUUCGAUGGAGUCACAUAUGACGUCCAUGUCAUCGGGGAGCUCACCUUCUUGAAGUCCUUGAGUACUGACUUUGAGAUUCAAGCUCGUACUGAAAUUGUUGAAAAUCAUCCCAAAGGACCAGCCGUCACCACAGCAGUCGUAGUCCACGAAGAUAGCUCCAAGAACCUUCCUGUUGUCCAAAUUUCCUUGGCUCGUCCAGUUGAUGGUCCAUCUGUUGGAAUCGGCAAGUGUCCAGUCCAAUUGUUUGUCGAUGGAGUGUACCGCGACAUUACCACUGGAACUGGUUCCACCGACGUUACCGUUCAAGUCAAUCGGAAGCGCAUUGUUCUCGAGUACCCUUCCACUAACUUGAGACUCGACUUGCAAGUCAAGACCUGGAGAAACACCUGUCACUUUUCCGUGAACUACAUCCUUUCUGAUUGUCGCUGUGAUGAGACCUUGGUCGGUAUUCUAGGCCAACCUGAUGGUGCACCUAUGAAUGACUGGCACGACCACAGUGGCACUCCCGUUCCGAUUCCACCGAAGAAUAAGGAUCGACGCACUCAAAAAGCUUACGACUACUCGUUGACUUGGUGUUUGGAAAGUGCUGACGAUUCUCACUUUACCUACCAGGGUGGCAAUAGCUUUUCGACUUUUGACAAGUGCAAUCCAGAACAGUAUGAUGAUACUCUGGACGAUAUCAUUGAGAAUGCUGACCCAGAACUCAUCAGUAAUUGUACCAUCGAUGGCGAAGUCGAGUAUGGUUGCGUCCUCGAAUGUGAUUUCUUCGGCGAAGGAGCUUGUGAAGAGUACAAGGAAGUGAUCCAAAAUACCGAGACUGCUGUUAUCACUUCUCCUCCGACUUCUAGUCCAACAUCCGGACCAACUUCUGGACCAACAUCCGGACCAACAUCCGGACCAACUUCUGGACCAACUUCUGGACCAACCAAGGAGUCGGAUCUAAGUACAAACGGAAACGGAAACACCUUUGAAGACGUUGAGGACGAAGAAACCACUGACACUGAAGAAGUCGAUGAGCCAGAAGAAGAGACAACCCCAACUGAUACUGCAGACAUUGAUGAGCCAGAAGAAGAGACCGUUCCUCCUCCUGAUGCCGGAAGCCGUGGUGAUCCACACUUCAAGACGUGGAAGAACGAACACUUUGAGUAUCACUCGCAAUGUGAUUUGGUUCUCAAUCGUAACCCAACGUUCGCUGAUGGACUUGGUCUUGAUGUUCAAAUCCGAACCAAGCUUGUUCGUUUCUGGAGCUACAUUAGAAGCGCGGCCAUUCGAAUUGGAGAUGACAUCCUCGAAGUCCAAGGUACUGGUGACGAAGCGAACACUUUGAGAUAUUGGCACAAUUUUGAAUUUCAAAAGGAGAUCAAGACUAUUGGUGGAUUCCCUAUCACGUUGAAGAAGGGAACUGGGCGAUUCAUGAAGAACCGUUUCAUCAUCGACUUGGAUUCCAAGUACCCUGGUCAAAAGAUUCAAAUCACCACCUGGAAGGAAUUUGUCGCUGUUGAAUUCAAAAAUGCUUCCGCCGAGGCCUAUGGCAACUCUGUUGGCAUGCUUGGAGACUUCAAGACCGGACAAACUCUCGCCAGAGAUGGCAGAAUUCUCCACGAUUUCCAUGAAUUCGGAGACGAAUGGCAGGUUCGCCCCACAGACGACAUGCUCUUCCAUGAUGUUGAGAAGCCGCAGUUCCCAACGAAGUGUAUGAUGCCCGAAGAUCCUCAAGGCGAACGUCGUCGACGCCUAGACGAGUCCUCCGUCACAGAAGAGCAAGCCGAAGCCGCUUGUGCAAGUUUGACUGACCCACUCGACAGAAAGGAUUGCAUCUACGACAUCAUGGCCACCCAAGACACCACCAUGGCAGGUGCGUAUUAA